AUGGACACCACAGGGUUGCACAUAUGCUGCUCCCCAGAGUCCCAAAUGCCUGUGAGGAGCACAGCUGGCACAGAGUAGGGCAGUGCAGACCCCCGGGAGGACUUGAGCCUGGCUGGGUCAUGGGGUCUAACACAGGUCUGGCUCUCAUGUGGCCUCUUCUCUGCCUUCCCCACAGGUGAGAGCCUGAGCCCAAGCCGUGGAGCAGCCAAGAGGAAGAAGAAGCAGAGGAGGAACCGCACCACGUUCAACAGCAGCCAGCUGCAGGCUCUGGAGAGGGUCUUUGAGAGGACACACUACCCUGACGCCUUCGUGCGGGAGGAGCUGGCAAGAAGGGUCAACCUCAGCGAGGCAAGAGUGCAGGUUUGGUUUCAGAACCGGAGGGCCAAGUUCCGCCGUAACGAGAGGGCAAUGUUGGCCAACAGAUCAGCAUCACUCCUCAAAUCCUACAGCCAAGAAGCAGCCAUUGAGCAGCCCAUGGCACCACGACCCACCGCACUGACCCCGGAGUAUCUCUCUUGGACCAGCACCUCCCCGUACAGCACUGUGCCCUCCUACAGCUCCAGUGGGACUGCAACACCCACCCAAGGGGUGAACAUGGCCAACAGCAUCGCCAGCCUGCGCCUCAAAGCCAAAGAGUUCAGCCUCCAUCAGAACCAGGUGCCAACCGUGAACUGACCAGGGCAAAGCCCACCCCGUGGCCUCAUCCAGGAUACAUCGUGGAGCUCCUGUGCCGGCCCAGGACAAAUCUGCCACCUGUCCAAUACACAUGCCACUCAUCCAAUGUCUCAGCACCUCUUCUCUCCUCUUCCCUUCCCUUUUGAAGGUAGAGUCAGUCCCAGGCCGAAGUGGCACAUAAUUAUAGCCACAUAUGGAGCAAACUUGGUUAGAAACUCGCUUUUCCGCACACCCUUGUAAUAACGGCUAUAUAUACACACACAUACCCCCCACGCGCUCUUCGAGGACAAACAGACUUGCCAAGGGAACAAGAAUUUGCUUCCAAACAUGGAAGGAUCUUGGACUAUUGGAUUUGACCAAUUUGG